UGCGGCGCAAGUUCGGAUGAGGUCGCGGUCAAAUCCCCACGAUUCCCGAACCUGAGCGAUCGUGAAUUUGUUAGAAUAAACAAGAACCUUGACCGCGAGAUCGGUAUAUGGGCCACGUUGAAGCAUCAAUAUGUAUUGCCUUUGCAUGGCACCGUAGAUCAGCAGUUUGGCCCGUGUCGCGCAUUGGUUUCUCCCUGGAUGCCGAACGGGACUUUGAACUCUUACCUUAAUCGCGUGCAUGAGACCCUCUCGAUGAUGGAUAGGCUUCUGCUGCUUAAACAAAUUGCCGAGGGGCUCCAGUAUCUCCAUGGCCAAGACGUGAUACACGGUGACCUCACCAACGUAAUGGAAUCAUCUUAUAGUGAUUGUAGAAUAAUGUUCUGGUUGCUGCCGAUGGAUCCCCUCGUCUUGCAGAUUUUGGUAUCUCCAAUAUCAUGGCACAAUCUAACCCUGCCUUUUCCUACCACACCGGUGCAGUCCUAUAUGGGAAACAGCCUUACUGGUGGCUGA